CUGGAAGUGAGGCCAACUUCUGGGAAACGGGAAGUUGAGAGUUCAGCAGUUGGAGCUAACUCUUGAUCGCACGGCAAGAAGAAAGGGGGGAUCCGGAGACCACCGAUAAACAGUUAUGGAUACCAUCCAGGCCAUUCUGAAAGUUUCGGUCACCAUCUUUAACCAAUGUGAGAAAAUGACGGAUUGCAAUAAGCACAGAGAGCGCCUUGUUGAGCGCAUUAAGACCCUCCAGCGGCAGGUUGAGCGCUUGCACCAGGUCUGCACCAGCUUCUCCGAUGACCUGGUAUUGAUGCUGAAACAGACACUGAACGUCCUGGAAAAGGCCCAGACAAAGCUUUGCGAGUAUGGUGACUUGACCCAGUUGCAGCGGUUUUUGAAGGCUAGCAGAAUGCUGAAGGACUUUGAAAGAAUGAACAUAGACAUCAGCGAUGCCGGUCAUGACCUAAUGAGGCAACUAGAGAUCGAGAAGCUAUUAGAUGACCGUCAAGACCUCUUGAAAUUUAAGAAGCCUCUUGUGACCCAGGAAGGCAGACAGGAUCUUGUGGAGGACUGUGUAUCUUUGAAGGAGAUGAACAAAGGCCAGGAUGCUGCUGCUUCCAUGGAAAUCACUGAAAUACCCAAAAGCCAGAUCACCAAUGUGACCACCCUGGCGGAGUGUGAGAGCUACACCCUGUGCAGUGGAGAGUACAAUUAUUGCUCUGUGGCCAUCAAAGUCUUCAAGAACCCUUUGAAUGAGAAUAAACCACAGGAUGUGAGGAGCAUCUUUUGGACCGAAAUCAAGACUAUGAAGAAGUUUGAGUCUCCCCACAUUGUCCGUCUGUAUGGGAUGUGCAUAGAUGAGAGUGGCUUCCCUCCUGAAUACUCCAUCAUCACGGAAUAUUGUGAAAAGGGUACCCUGAGGCAAGUGCUGAAAAAGGAGCCUGACCUAUCCUGGGACAUUCGCUUGGAAAUGGCAAAGGAUGCUGCCAUCGGCCUGUACAGGUUGCAUCAGACGGGGGACAAGCCUCAGGUGCAUUACUGCAUCAACAGCACCAGGUUCCUGGUUGACAAAAACUACUGUGUAAAGCUCUCUGGGUUUGAACUGAGUCAGACGGUCUCUUCCAUCAGACGGAAGCCCAAGGAGAAACCCAAAAAAGAGGUCAGUGCUUCAGCCUACAUCUGCCCCGAGGGCCUGCGGUCAGUGGAGCAUCAAUACAACCUGGCCAGCGAAAUAUACAGCUUUGGGAUUGUCCUGUGGGAGAUCGCAACUUGCAAGAUCCCAUUUGCAGGUUGCACUGCAAAGGAGAUCCGUGAUAAGGUUUGCAAUCAGGAGCAAGAACCUCUGGGAGACGACUGCCCCCCACGUCUGCGGGACGUCAUCAACAAAUGCCGGGAUUUUGACCCUUCCCAGCGGCCAACUGCUGAAGCGAUUGUGAACCAACUCAUUGUUCGUGACCUUUUGAAGGAGUGAGAGCCUGACGACAUGAUGGGGGACCUAGAAUACAAGAACUUGUUCUCAGCACAAUCUUGCAGGGCCACCCUGAGCAUCAGCACAAAGCCAAGCACCUUUUCUUUUUCAACCUGGAGUGCCUGUGCACAUGGCCAAUGGGCAUGUGCCUACAGCCGUUGGUCAAAUUGUCAUAACUUGUUAACUUGGGCCUGGUUCACAUGUAGUGCUGUUUAACUGUGGUUUGUUUACUGCUAACAAACCACAGUCUCGAUCCAUGGUCUGCUAUUAUCUUAUAAAUCUUGGUUUGUCUUCACUAUGGCUUAGUCUUACAGGUGAACCCAGAAUCCUUCCUUAGCCAUGAUUUUUUUAACCACCCCACCCCAGAUGCUCAUCAGAUUCAGCAGCAAUAAGUUUUAUUAUAUGGUCACAGACCUGGAAAACUAAUCCUUACAAAGGCAUGAGGCAAGAGCUGCUGGAAAACAAAACAAACUAUGGGAAAAGGACAGCAGGUGGUUCACUCAGGGCUUCUUGUGUACAUGACUUUGCAUUAUACUAUUUGCACAUUAUACAAAUUGUGGCUUAGUGUUAUAUGUGAGCAUAGCCUUAGUAAGCUUCAAUGCACUGUUGCUUCUUACAAGCCAGCUCAAAGAUUUCUUUUGUCGGAAAUGGUUGCCACACCUCAAAGGAAAUCAAUGCAUGUUUUUAGAUCUAUUAAUUAGCACUGAAGGAGGUGAGGACAGGUGACCCCACCUAGGCCCAAAGUCACCCCCCCAACCAAGCCUCAAAACUGUCCAAAAUUCCUUCUCUCUCUUCUAAAAAUCCACAGCUAAAGUUUUCCUCUGCUUUUCUCACAAGAUGCUGUUGCAUAGGCAAACCGUUACUUUUAUCAGUACGAGAGAGCUUCAGAAAGGCUAAUGAAUAGACUCUGUCAAUGCCAAGAAUACUCAGGCCUGGGAACUGACUCUUAUCUCAUUCGGUUGUAACACAUCUUGGACACACUGAACCGCAAGGCUCCUCGACCCCCCCUGGCUUCUCAUCCCCUUUCCUGGGAAGGGCGCCAAGAGUCCAAAAGAGUCCCAAGACAGGAGCUUUUUGUUCAUGCUCAGGAAACUCAACAUGGGGCAGGGGUCCUGAGGAGGAGGAGAAAGGGGGGGGGACUGGAGGGGAAUAUAUGCUCUGUGCAAAUGGCUGUGAACUUGUACUGUAGCCUUAUGAGGCUUUGCCUCCGGGUAGGAAAAAUAUUGCGCCUGGGAAAGGGAAGUGGGUGUCAACAGACACUCAAGGAAUAGUUUUGGAGAAAAGGCUUUUUAUUUCUACCAUCCAUGAACUGGUAGAAGGAGCAAGUGUGAUAAGUCACAAAAAGCAUGCACGAGUUCACAAUCAUGUGCACAAGCAUAUAUACCCCUUCCAGUUCCCUCCUCCUUUCUCCUCCUUCUUCCAGAGUCCUGCCCCAUGCUGAGGUUCCUGAGCAUGUACAGAAAGCUGUCUUGGGACUAUUGUGGCCUCUUGGCACCCUUCCCAGGAAAGGGGGAAUGAGAGUAGUUCAGCAUGUCCAAAGAUGUUGCAACUAGAGUGAGAUAAAAGUCAGUCUCAGGCCUGCUCUGACAGAGUCUAUUCAUUAGCUUUUUGAAGCAUUCUUGUACUGAUAAAAAGUAACAGUUUGCCCUUGCCACAGCAUCUCGUGAGAAAAGCAGAGAAGAGCAGAGAAAAGCUGUUUUGGAUUUUUAGAAGACAAAAGGAAUUUUGGACAGUUUGAGGCCUGGUUGGGGGGGGGGGACUUCGGGCCUAGGUGGGGUCACCUGUCCUCAUCUUCCUUCAGUACUUGCUUUGUGAAUUUAUCAUGCAGGUGCCUUCUGCCACC